ACGGAAACCUGUCGGCUGGUAGCUAAAAGUGGCGUGAGGAGAUUAGUUGUGUCUGCGGUGAACUGUUGGAGCUUUUCGAUGCCUAAGGCAGGUUUCGUCGUCACACGUUCAAUGAUCUUCUUUCACGUUGGAGUUAAUUCCUAUUCUUAACGGUCUCAAGUAGUUCAUUAUGUCUAAAGUGACUACUGAUGACUGUCCACACGAAGAAGAGAAAAACGGCGUUAAGAACUCCUCCACUGAUACAAGUGAUCUGUGUUCUAUCGAUGGGGAUAUAGAUGUCCUGGCUUCCAUAAACCAGAAGCUGUCGGUAUUGGAUAUGCUGCGCAAGGACAUUCUGGAUCUGAGAACAAGCCUGGAAUUCAAUCCUCGGCAAAUUGACGGGACGCGGAGACACAAUAUCCCUCUAACGAGUAGAGAAGAAGCUGCUCCUUACAAGAAAAGGGUGUGCAUGAAAGCAGAGAAUAGUAAGACAGCCCAGAGGCCUUCUGAAAUGAGUGGUAGUGAAGAUGAAGAGAGCAUCACCUGUGCUGAGAAUAAAGACACCAUAACACUUGGACUGCUUCCACCUGAACAAGAUGAGGCUGAAGACCAGAGGUUUGUCAGCAUUGAAAAUGUCAAAGACCACCUCAAUGUCAUCAUCAAGGAGGAGGUGUGUGACCCUGGCUAUGACCUUGGCAGUGAGGAAGCUUGUGAGAUUACUUCUGUCAUCAUUAAAGAGGAAGAAUAUGAUUGUGACUCUGACGUGAACAAAUCCCUUGAAUAUGAAACUGUGAGAAUAAUACAGGAGGAACCAUUGAAACUAGAGUCCCGUCCUGAUUUGGGAACCAAGCGUAGACGGGGCCGACCCCCUCGGAAGCCUGUAUCUAUGCCAUGGGAAUUGACCAAGGAGGAAAAUGCAUCCAUUCAACCAGGAACAUUGAAGGCGGCCUGUAAAAAUGGAGGUAAACGCAUUCGGAAGAGUCAACGUACAGAUGGUCUUCGCGAUGGCUCUUCGCAAGGCACACAUUUGAUUACGUCCGGAAAUCUUUCACAGGGAAGGAUAACUGUUGACAGAAGGCCUGGUGAAUCAACUUUGCUCCCCAUUCAUCUCCGAAUGUAUGCUGAAAACCGACCUUACGACUGUAGUGAGUGCGGGAAGAGGUUUGUACGGAAAGACCAUCUUCAGCACCACCAGAGAAUUCACACUGGAGAGAAGCCACACAGCUGCCCCGAAUGUGGAAAGAGGUUCACUGAAAAGAAUCAUCUCCAGCACCACCUGAGGACUCACACUGGAGAGAAACCUUUUUCUUGCACCAUUUGUGGGAAGUGCUUCACAGUGAAGAAGACUCUUGAGAGCCACCUACGGAUCCAUACUGGUGAGAAACCAUAUAGCUGCGAUGAAUGCGGCAAAAGCUUCACGGUAAAGAAAACUCUUCAGAGCCACCAGAGGAUUCAUACCGGGGAGAAGCCGUAUUCCUGCACUGAAUGUGGAAAGAGGUUCACACAGAGGGGGCACCUUCAGCAGCAUAAAAGGAUCCACACUGGCGAGAAGCCGUACUGUUGUGAGGAGUGCGGGAAGAGGUUCUCUGAGAAAAACAAUCUUCAUCAACACCAGAGAAUUCACACUGGAGAAAAGCCUUUCUCCUGCGAGGAAUGUGGGAAAAGAUUCACCCGCAAAGGUGAUUAUCAAAAACAUCAACGAUUUCACUCUGGAGAAAAACCAUUUAGCUGCACGGAAUGUGGAAAAAGAUUCACAUGGAGAAGUAAUCUUCAACAGCACCUUAGGAUUCACACUGGAGAAAAGCCCUAUUGCUGCACUGUAUGCGGGGAAAGGUUUAAAUGGAGAAUUCAUAUUCAACAGCAUCGGAAAGUUCACCUUGCGGAAGAGGAAGGUCAGGCACAGCAGAAAGAGUCUCAACCACCUAACCCACCUCAAGAAAUUAAUGGCAAUACAGAGGAAAAUGUACAAGUUAAAUGAAAACCCCAGGGGUGGCAUGUGGCAGAUAAACUUGGCUAGAUCCUGCACAUUUGGUUCAAGUUGUCUUGUGCCAAGGCCAUGCAAAUGUCGCCCAUGUCUUGAUGCCUUAUUGUGAGGUGCUAUAUGGUAAAAGGAAAAACUGAAGUAGCAAACACUACUAACCCACUGGCAAAGUGAAACUUCCUAGUGUGUGACAAUCCCGAGACCUAUACAUUAAGCAAAUACUUAAAUGGGUUACUUUCUAGAAACAAACCACUAACUAGAUGGAAAACCUGACAUUUUCUUUCUAAUCAAACACAAUUGAGGGCCUGUAUUGCCAAGGUCCAAGUUCCAUACCAUACAGUAUGUAAUAUGGGAAUGGAAAACCAAGCUCUGUGUUUUUAAAAGUGGCACAUAUUAAGAGCAUGGCAAGACCAGAUGAAAGCUGCUGAAAGGAUGGGAGCAUCACUGCACGCCGUUUACAGCCAUCACUCUGCACCACCGCACAAGGAAUCUUCACAAUGUAAACAUGUAGCAAAUAGUAUUUUUAGUCCAAAUGCAUUUCAGAUCAAAAAAGAAGUGCAUUUACUUUGCCUGUAUCAGAUAAUCAGAGAUUUGUUUACUAUGUAGUUUUGCUUUUAUCAAUGUAUGAAUUUUUAUUGGCUUUUAUGAUACAUUGUUUUAUAGAGUAACUGAACUAAAGACAAUUAUUUUUUUUUUAUUAAGUUUUUAAGCCAUGACUAUUUACACAAGCAAAAGGAAUUCUUGGCAGAACAGAUAAUUUCCACACAACAGAGAGUAAAUGUCUUUUUCUGUUUUUUAAAAGACAUGUUUGUAUGCAUUAUUUUUUACAUUUAUUAGUCUAUUUGUGGUUUAUUGCUGUUUUGUUUUCAAAAAUAUGAUAAAUAACCCUUUUAAGUACACCUGAGAGGAGAAUGAUGUCAUCACUUAAAGAUUUCCCGUGCAUAGAUGUUUAGAAAAGAUGCCUUCUGUCCACCCCUCCGAGAUUUGUGAUUUGAUUUUUUUUUUUGUCAUUUUGCAAUAAUGUUAACUGUCAGGUUGUUCAAAAAUUCGAACCCAUCAUGUAUGUUUGCAUUAAAUGACACCAUUAUGCUGAUUUUAUGGAUAACAGACCCAGAUAUGAUUUGCAACGAUAUUAAAA